GCGAUUGUAGAGUUGUGGGAAUUUUAAAUUUACCGCCGCGGGAGUUUUGACCAAUGAAGAAUCGAGUAGGCUUUAUAGAGCAAAAAUGGCUGUCAGGCCAUCAACCACGUUACUUUAGUGAUUUAAAAUGAGUUUUUACGGCUACAAACCGCCUGUUGUGUGCUGUAAGUGAUUAAUACGUUACCGAAAUGGGGUUAUUUAGGAUUGUUGCGAUUAUUUUUGUAUUCUUGUGCAAAACUCUCGCCGAGAACAAACACCCGACGAUUUUGGCGUCGAUAUUAGUUAGAAACAAAGCGCACACUUUACCUUAUUUCCUAUCAAAUUUCGAAUCGCUAAAUUACCCGAAAGACCGUAUAUCUUUAUGGAUAAGAAGUGACCACAAUGCCGACAACAGUUUGGAAAUUAUACGCCAAUGGAUUUCUUCGGUUAAAGACAAAUACCAUUCAAUUAAUACGGAAUUUAUCGAAGAUGGCGUUCAAUAUCCCGAUGAACAGGGACCUGCACAUUGGACCAACGAAAGAUUCGAUAACAUAAUUAAUUUAAGGGAAACCGCUCUUAACUAUGCCAGGAGACUUUGGGCUGAUUAUUUACUGACUAUCGACUGCGAUGUAUUUUUAACGAAUCCCGACACACUGAACUAUUUAGUAUCGAAAAACAUGACCGUAAUCGCCCCUUUGCUCAGAUCCGAAGGGUUAUAUUCAAACUUCUGGUACGGCAUGACCGAUGAUUAUUACUACCAAAGAACUGACGAGUACACGCCCGUUUUGUACAGGGAAAAUUUGGGUUGUUUUAGCGUUCCGAUGGUGCAUACGUGCGUUCUCGUGAAUCUACGAAGGAAAGAAUCCGAUUAUCUGACCUACGAUCCGAGUAAAAUCGAAGACUUCGAUGGGCCCCACGAUGACAUCAUAGCCUUCGCCAUAAGCGCCAAUAAAAGCGGCGUGUCUUUGAAUGUUUGCAACGAAUUGAAAUUCGGGUAUUUAACGGUGCCCUUGGAGCAAAACGAUCACCUCGGCUUGGACUACGCGCAAAUGACCAAUAUAAAACUGGAGGUUUUGAACGAAAUGAACGAAUUGUACGUUAGCGAUUUGCUAAAGAAAUUCGCGAGAGAUUCGCCGAGAAAGGACACAUUGGGUUUCGAUAAAAUAUUCAUGAUCAAUUUGCUGCGGAGGCCCGAGAGAAGGAGACGGAUGAGAAAGUGCUUCGACGAAUUGGGCCUGGAAGUGGACGUAAUCGAUGCUGUAGAUGGAAAGUUGUUGAACGAGAGCUUUUUGGAGAGUAUACGAUUCAUGCCGGAGUUUUCCGAUCCCUAUCAUAAGAGGCCUAUGAAGUUAGGAGAAAUCGGGUGUUUUAUGAGCCACUAUAACUUAUGGAACGAGAUAGUAAAAGAACGUUACGAAACCGCUUUGAUACUAGAAGACGACAUAAAAUUCGAGCCGUUCUUCAGGCACAAAGUGCAAAAUCUAAUGUCCGAAGUGAGGGGAAUUCGCAACUGGGAUCUAGUUUAUUUCGGCAGGAAACGGUUGCAGGAAAACGACGAGCCUUGGGUAGAGGGCAGCAAUUACCUAGUACACGCCGGUUACUCCUACUGGACUUUAGGCUACGCUUUGAGCCUGCGAGGCGCCAGGAAGCUCCUGCAAGGGGACCCUCUUACGAGGCUAGUACCAGUCGACGAGUACCUUCCUAUAUUGUUCGAUAAGCACCCGAUGGAUUCCUGGAAGGGUUACUACCCUAGCAGGGAUCUGGUGGCUUUCUCCGCGGCGCCAUUGUUAGUGUAUCCCACUCAUUAUACGGGGGAGACGGGGUAUGUUAGCGAUACAGAGGAUUCUGUGGUGGUGCCUGAGGCGGUGAAAACUGCCAGGGAGGAUUUGUAAAGGGUUUGUACUUUAUUCGUGCCAUUAAUGCAAUUAAAUAUGACUUAUUCGUGCCAUAUUAGAUAUGUAAGAUGGCUGGAAAUGGUUGAAUUUUGUGUUGUAAAGUUGGUAAUAGAAUUGCUGGCUAUUCUGUUUUGCAUCAGUGGCGUAGUUAAUUGUUAAUAGUACUGCCAUAAUGACGUAUUAACAUGUAAUGUGUACGCUAAUGGUUUUAUACAAUCAUUUCCAGUCGCCCGGUGUUUAUAAAAUUGUGCCUUGAAUUUUUUUAUACGACAGAUUUUUAAUAAUAUAUUAAUAUAAUGUUUUUAUACAAGUUUAAUGUUAGCUAAUGUUUA